UCCAGCUUCCGGCCCUGGAGCUACUACUUGGAGUAGGGAUCGCGUGCAGAAGGCAGAGCGGAUGCUCGGCCGGCGGUGGCCUUGCAGGGUCCCCGGAAGCGCUCCUCAGCCGGAGUAAAACCCGAAAGAUGGAGCCUCAGGUUCGCUCUCUGCGUUUCGGAUGCUGGAACCGAGAUUUCAAAAGAGCUUCCGGAGGUUCUAUACAAACAAAUCGAAAAAAAAAGGGGGGGGCGUCUACCGCGAAUUGUUAUGGUGUGGAAGAUAAAUAUAUUACAAACGAAGACAGGGACGGAGGGCGGAGGGCGCCGCGGCCUGGCUCCCGGAGCCGGACCUCCUUCUUCCAUUAGAGAUCGCUUGUUCCGAACCUCCUUGCCUUCUUCCUGGGUCUCUUGGGGGCUGGACCAAUGCAUCUCCCGAUGCCCUGGCCGAAUGGCAGGCGACAUCGGGUCCUGAGGCCCCCACACGCAGCCCAGUACCCCGAGGCUCCAGGCUGCGGAAAGCAGGUAGCUCCGCGGGGGUUGAAAGCCUGCCCGCAGGUUCUCCUGGAGUGGCGAGCCUCUCCCGGGAGGGGGCGCCCUUGUCUUUUUAAUGAUCCUAACACGCUGGUGGAAUAAAUCUAAGAUUCCA